AUGUCACCGGCCGACGAUGAGCAUUACCGGUACCUAGCUUGGCAUCCACCCAGAGCGGUACCUACUAGGCUGCUGGGUCGCAAUUUCAUCUCUCCACCAUUCAACACGUGCGGCGCAUGGGAGGAAUGUGCCGGUGGUGGCGCAUCGGAAGCUAAAGUUAGCGCCACCCCGGACCCCCGGACUUGA